UGCCCCAGAGGUAGUGAGCGAGCUUCGAGGCCGAGGGUUUACACCAGCAGCCUUGGGUGGAGAGGAAAACCCCCUGCCGCUCUCGUGGGCGUGGAGAUCAAGGAUCGCUCUGUUCAGGCAACGGAGGGUUGCGGAAAUCCCCGGUCUGUCUCACGAUAACGACCAGCUGGCCACCCGCAGCGGCAGCGAUGGCGUCGUCAGCAACAGCUAGAGGUAACCCUGUUGCCCGCAGGAUGUCUUCCGCUCGGUGCAACGAAGGCCGCGGACGUCGCGCCAAUGAUUCUCCGCCUUUUCCCGCGGCAUGUGGUAACACCAGCGGCGGCGGUGGUGGUGGCGCUAAGCUCGGUGUUGUACGCGUGGGCCUGAGCCUCCUGGCCAUGGGCGACUUCGCCCUAGCGAGCCGCCGCUCCCCCGGGAUACCCUCCGCGGCCACGCCGACGCGCGUGCCAUCGUCCACCGCUGGAUUUCGUCACCGGGGAGGGGGAAGGGCCGAACACGCCGCCAAUCAAAUCACCAAGCGCAGGGCAAUGGGGAACCGCGGCAGCGCAACGACGAUGAAAGCGACAACACCACCACCUUCUACCCCGGUGACCUUGCUUACCCCUACCAACGGUGCAAGCGCUAGCGGCGCUUCUGGUACUAGCGGCGCCGCUACCGGUGCUUACGGCUCUGCAAGCACGAACGGCGCUGCUCCUGGAGUUAGGGCCGACUCGGGUACUGUGAAAUCGGUGGUGGCGCCGCGGACGGUAAACGGAGUCAAAAGCGUCGUGGCCGUCGGAGGUACGAAACGCCUAGGGGUUCUUCGACCGGCAGAAAUGGGCAGUUCGCGAGCCAGAAAGAUUAAGGUUAAGGGGCUGUACGCGCGAGCCCGCAAGAUUUUGCGGUCAUCGUCGCCCUCGGCUUCCGAGACCGCAGCGGCCAUUCUCGAAGAGGCUCUCACCGUGGACCCUCAAGACGGGCACUCGUGGCUGCUGUUGGCGCGCACUCGGGAGGCGAUGGGGGACGUCAACGCUGCCUCCGAUGUUUUCAAGAGGGCGGUGGUGGAAUGUCCGGGAAAUGCCCACCUGUGGCAAUCCUGGGGUAUGCUGCAAGCUAAGUUUGGCGACUGCGCGAAGGCGCGAAUAAGCUUCUCAAACGGUCUAGAAGCGGACCCCGGGCGCAUGCGCUACUCCUCCCCUACGUUCUUGCCGUCGUACUCACAGGGCUCCCGGCAAAGCGUGGCGAUUUCCCAAGCCCUCGCGGAGCUGCUGGCCACGCAUGGCCAAGUGGAGGAAGGGCGGGGGCUGCUGCAGAAGGCCAUGGACCGCCUGGAGAAGGCGGCGUCCGCGCGCUCCAAGCGUAGCGGCGGCGAGGGCUCGCCCGACCCGAGCGCCGCGUGGGCUGCUGCCGGCGACCGGCCCAAGAAACGCUCGGCGGAGGAGGCGGAGGACUCCGACCAGGGUUUGACGGCGCUGCUGAUGGCAUGGGCGAACUUUGAAGAGAGUAGAGGAAAUGAGAAGCGAGCGUUGGAGCUGAUGGCGAAAGCCAUGGAAAACGAGCCUGACAACGCAAGGGCGCGAGUCGGACGUGCCCGGUUCGAGAUGCGCAGGGGGAACAUGCGGGAUGCGAGGAUCUUUCUCAGCGAGGCGGCUAACCUUCCGCAGGAAGACGGGACGCUGUUCAGCAUGUGGGCCACGCUCGAGAUUAAAGAGGGCAACCUCGAGACGGCCUUGAAGAUCGCAGAGGCUGCCACGGCUCGGUUCCCGUGGGAUAAGUUCCUUCUCCAGACGAUGGGCACGGUGCAUGGCAAGCUGGGGCGGUACGAGGAGGCGAUCGAGUGCUACCGGCGGAGCAUCGCGCUGAGCCCUGCCGCCCCCGCCUAUGUGGCCUGGGCGCUGGUAGUGGCUAAGCUGGCUGAGCGGGCCGAGAGAAAUGCCUCGAGCAAGGAGACCGCCGCCGGACAAGAACAAGACGUGGUGGCCGGCGAUCCCGUCGUCGAGUACGUCGGCGACGCCAGCGAUGACGGCACUAUCCUCGGAGAGGCCUCUGAUGCUGUUGCGGGAGGCUCAGGGGGGACUGCGGCCGAGAACGACGGCGGUGCCGCGGGCGAGGGGGGGGUCUCCCGCACCGAGGAGGAGGAGGGGCCACCAUCGUACGAAGAGGCCAGGAGGCUCUUCGAGCUGGGGAUAUUGGCGGACCCGACGCACGGACCGCUCUACAAUGCCUACGGCUCCAUGGAGGCCAAACUGGGCAACGUUGAGCACGCGCGCAGCGUCUACAAGCGGGGCAUCGCGGCUCGCUGCAGCGGGGCCGUCCACGUUUGGCAGGGCUUCGGGAAGCUUGAGGCGUCGGAGGGCAACAGAGACGCGGCUAGGAAGGCGAGACCUACGAUUUUUGCUAGAGGGAUCAGGGAGUCAUCGGAGGAUGUGAGCUUCCUGUGCCACUCCCUGGGAUCGCUAGAGCUAGCGGCGGAUAGGCUAGGGGAAGCGAGGGCGGUGUUCUUGGCGGGGGUCGAGAGGUACCCGAACGGAUCUCAGCUACUGCUCGGCGCUGGCCUGGCCAUUGCGAAAAUGGGCGAGCCCGACAACGCUCGCGAGUACUUCAGGAGAUCAGUGGAGGCGGAUCCUAGUCAUGCGCACGCGUGGCAGGCGUGGGGGCUGAUGGAGACUCGCGCCGGCAACUUCAAGGUGGCGCGGUCUCUGUGGGAGAGGGGGCUCAAGGCUAACCCCACUCACGGCCCCCUUUGGCAGGCGUACGCCGUAAUGGAGGAGAAGGUGGGAGAGCCUGAGCGGGCUCGCAAGCUUUUCGAGGCGGGACUGGAGCGCUGUCCGGACCAUGUGCAGCUCCACCAGGCGUGGGCGGUGAUGGAGGGGAUGUCGGGCGACCUGAAGAGAGCUAGGGAGCUGGUAGUGGAGGGGCUUCGGUUGGACCCUCAUCACGGAGCUCUUUGGACUGUGUACUCCAUCGUAGAGCGCCAGGGAGGCUCCGAUGUCAAAGCUAGGAAGGUGUUGGAGCUAGGUGUCCGUGCAUGCCCGGAUCACGGGCCCCUUCACCGCUGUUGGGCCCAGAUGGAGCACCAGCUAGGAAACACUGCGGAGGCUCGCAGGAGGUUCGAGAGAGGGCUGGAGGCAUGCCCGACCUACGCCCGGCUCUACUAUGCCUACGCGGACAUGGAGGCCGCCAUGGGCAAUACGGUAUUCGUGGAGAAGCUGAAAGCCAGAGGGGAGAAAGCCCUCGUGGAGAGCGGGGCAGCGCCGGACAAGAUUAAGGAGUUCCAGCAGCAGAUGGAGGCGUUCAAGAGUUUCGCGCGGUUCGACGCAACCUUCAGCUCGGAGCGUAUGGCGACAUCCUUGGACCACUCUUCGCUAGAAGAGUUCGACUUUGACUGGUAGCCAUGGCCGGCGGCGGCCCCGGCGGUUUUCAGAGAUUCGUCGGUCGUGCUGGCCAUCUAAUCGUACUCAGCGUCUAUAGUUCGCUCUCAGAGAGACGUUGGAUAGUCGCCGGUCGUGCUGGCCAUCUUGUCGUGAUCAGCGUCUGUUCGCCCGACAAGGCGGCGUCAUUCUGGUUUUCCAGACAUGGAAAGGUUCUGGUGUUUGGCCGUCGGCAGGUGCAUUUUCUUCGAGGUCGAGAAACGAGGACCAUUCCGGAGCUUCCAGCCUGCUACUGCUGCCGUUAGUACGUGCAGAGACGGGAGCGGUCUGUUUGAGCCGGCGAAAAUAUACGAUAAGAGACUAAAAGUUCGUCUUUUGACACGGAACACGCGCGUGUGGCAGCGGGUAAGGGCCCGUUCCACACGGCACACAGUAGUGCCAAUCGUCGCGCCCAGCAAUUGCCGGUCUCUAGAUCAUGCUGAUUUUACUAGGGUUGGGCGGGGGCGUGCCCGGGCUGCGGGAGGUCAGUUGCCUGGCAGGCGGUGUUGUCUGUUUUUCUUCGUGUAGGCACGUGGUUGGGUGCCCGAGAAAACGGGGGUAUUUCGGAUCCUUGAGAGUUUGGUAGAGAAGGGCGGGGGCGGUGUGGAGGACUUCGAAUCGGUCGCGAAGGAGCAGACUGGCGCUCUUCGAUAUGAAAAGUGAUCCUGCGAAGGAGAGAUUUAGCCCAGAGGAGCGGAUGCGUUCAUCCACAGAGAGACAGAAGGGUGGGAGGGUGAUGCGCUCUUUUGGUUGCUCGUUCUUACAAUGUCGGCUUCAUCUGUUCGCUUUGUCGAGGAACAAGUCGUGUGGCUUUCUUGUCGCAGGCUGGGCUUGCUUGCUUGUGUAAAGGUACGGCGUCAUGGGUUGUGUAGCAUCCGACGCGCGUGGUGCAUGGUUGCGGUGUAUGUGUGGACGGCGGCACUCAGAGCACGAAAAAAAUGGAUUGAUGUAUGCAUCGCACUGCAUGGAGAUAGUUUUUCUGGGAGAAACACAACGUGGGUCUUGAAAUGGUUGUUAUGAUCUGGAGGGUGAGGUGAUCGGACCAAGGGCUCUGUCGUUAGUCUCAUGGUGUCGUUAUAUCUGGCUGUUGUGUUGGUGGCCUUGGAAUGGUUUCGUCAAAAGAUCAGUGGCGA